CAAACACCGACACAAACACCGACCAAACAAAUACAUGCUUUGGUUUUUUUCCCUCCGAAUUUUGUAAUGCUAGUAUUCGUAUGAGUGCCAACAGAAAUUAAGGCUAAAAAAAAAAAAAAGAAUCGCAGAAAUAUCCGAAUAAAUAAACUAAACCAUGGAGUUUGUUAAUUUGGGACAAAUAAAUGUAUCAAAUAAUGUUGAUACAGAAUUAUUUGUUAAGGAGGAGCCUGAAAGUGAAUUUCUCAGUAAAUUUGGUAUUGCUUCUGUACAUUCUAUUAUGGCUGCUGAUAGCAGUUUCCAAGGAAUUAAAAGUGAAGUGGAAAGUGAAGAAGAGAUAACAGACAGGCCACGCAAAAGGCGAAGAAAAGCUCUAAAAGCCAAGGAGCAUGUUGUUAAAAAGAUACUCAGAAAUGGAAACACUGACUGCACCCAAUUGCCAUGUAUUGUCAAUAUUAAGUCAUCUGUUGUUUAUGAAAAUUCUAGUCAGAACCAUAAUAGGACAUUUGAUAGUCAAGUUGAAAUGCCCAGCACCUCAAUGCAGUUUCCUAAUUAUGAAAAAACAUCGGAAUCAGAUGAUAAUGUGACAUGUACUGAGAAUGUAGAGCAAAAUAGUUCAAAUAAUAAUUUUGCUUUAGAUGUAUACGAAAUUUUAAUCCAUAUUCAAAACACUCUUGAAGAGUUGAAGGCAGAAGUUUCAGAAAACAGUCAAAAAAUUGAUCAACUGCAAAAAUUGUUACCUCAACAAAUGUCAUGGAAGAAUGUAAAGAAUGAGUUCAAUUUCCCAAUUGCAACUGAUGAACAACUUCUAGAAUUAGAAAAACGAUUAGAAAAUAAUGGAAUUGCAAAUAAAUUGUUUGUACAGUUAACCUGCAGGACAUAUAAUUCAUGGAGAGAAAUGGUUCUUCUUUGUUUGAAAACUAUGUUGUCGAGAAAAGUUGCUGUGUUGUACAAUUUAAAUGGACGCAAGGGGACAAAAAAGAAGUUCCGUGACCUAAACUUGUGUAACAUUUUAGUUGAAUGUGUCCAACAUAAGUAUAAAGAAGCUACAGUACCAGAUAUACUUAAAAGAAUCAGCUUUAUAUUAGCAGGAGCAAGAGAUUGGGAAGGAUCAAGACACAAAAAUAAAUGAUUUUUUUUAAAAUCCAUUAAAAGACAUUCUUUGCAUGUUUUGUAAGUUUUCUUCAUCUGUGUAUAUUUGAAUCAUUUUAAUUAAAGACCUUUUUUUAUAAAAGA